GACCUAAAGUUAACAUAACAAUGGCUCCCCAGCCAGAACACGAUGGAAGUGAUGUACAUGUGGAGCUAAAUGCUGAACAUGAGCAUGGGUCAGACAUCAUAGCGAACAUGACAAAAGCACCAAGGGUUAAGUACAUAACCUUUUAUGAAGACUCUGAGAGCAUUCCAGGAAAGAGAACUGCGGUCUGGGAGCUUGAUAAGACAAAUCACAGGAAUAUCGUUAGAUCUCCAGUUCUGAUGCGGGAGUUAUGGCUUCAGAUGUGGCAUGACAUUCAGCCUGGUGCGAAGUCCAAAUUUGUCACCAAAGCCAAGCGCGGGCCACUUAGAGAUGCGGAUUGCUACUGGGAUUAUGGGAAAGCCUGUUGUGCUUGGCAAGAAUACUGUGAAUACAGAUACAGUUUCGGGGAUGUUCACUUAGGACAAAGUUGUAGAUUGAGGAACACAUCUGCUAAUAUGCUGCUCCAGUACAUAUAAAUUUCCUGUUCAGCAAAUGACCUAUUCCUUCAUCUGCAUUUUACUCUCCCGGUUAGAAGAUAGAAAAAAAGGUUAAAAACGGUCAAUUCUUAUUGCUCUCUCUAUUUCUCACGCAAAGGUAUUCUUUUGUGAAUUUUUUGCUAUUACGAGCAUAUGAUAUUUUGGGUACAGCUAAGAGUGCAGUUACUUUGAUCGUCACGGCUAAAGUAGUGUAAACCCAUAUUAAAAGAAUUUUUCUUUUUUUC